CACGUCAUGUCACCAGUCACGAGAAUCAGCCCCACUCGAAGGAGAAAUUUCUCCAGUCGAACCGUCCGCUCUGCUACUCACUCUACACCUAUAUGUGUAUCGCACUGAAAACUUUCACGUUGUCGCUUCGAAAUGGCAUCCAAGGGCAAGGAGGUCGCCACCGGAACAUCCUCCUCCCGCGGAAAGCGGAAGCUUGGUGGUGCUGAUGAAGACAAUUCCGGCGGUGGUCGGAAGAGAAGAAACCGCGAGGUUCUUCAAUUCUUCGAGGAUACAGCUGAGGAUGAUGACGACGAGAGCAACGAGAGUGAUUUUGAUGACGAUGAAUUUGAUAUCGAGCUGAAAGUCAAGAAAGAACCAGUGAAAAUGCAGAAUGUCCCUUUUAUACCUAAAGAAGAGGUGAUGUAUGAGGAAGAAUUUGAUAGGAUGAUGGAAGAACGUUACAAGGAAGGUUCUAGUUUUGUUACAUAUGCUGAAGAUGCUUUUGAAAUUAAAUCAAUGGAAAGAAAUCCUCAUUUUUCAUCUGCUAGGGAUCCAAUUAUUUGGAAGGUCAAAUGCAUGGUUGGACGUGAGAGGCAUUCAGCUUUCUGCCUGAUGCAGAAGUUUGCUGACCUGAAAUCCCUGGGGACCAAACUUCAGAUAAUUUCUGCAUUUGCUGUUGACCAUGUAAAGGGCUUUGUUUUUAUUGAAGCUGAUAAGCAAUGUGAUAUUAAUGAGGCUUGUAAAGGGCUUUGUAGCAUAUAUUCUACUAGAGUGGCUCCAGUUCCAAAAAAUGAAGUUUCUCAUAUACUUUCUGUUCGAAGUAAAUCUAAUGUAGUUAGUGAGGGCAUGUGGGCCCGUAUCAAGAAUGGGAAAUAUAAGGGGGACCUCGCACAGGUUGUUGCUGUGAAUGAUGCACGAAAAAGGGCAACUGUGAAGCUUAUUCCAAGAAUUGAUCUACAAGCAUUGGCACAAAAAUUUGGUGGGGGAGUUUCAAUGAAGAAUGCUGCAACACCUGCUCCGAGAUUACUCAGCUCAAGUGAACUAGAGGAGUUCCGGCCCCUUAUUCAAUAUAGACGUGACCGUGAUACUGGCAAGAUGUUUGAGGUUCUUGAUGGUCUGAUGCUCAAGGAUGGGUAUUUGUAUAAACGGGUUUCUGUAGAUUCGUUAAACUGCUGGGGUGUUAUGCCAUCGGAAGAGGAGCUUCUGAAGUUCCAGCCUUCUGAGAACAAUGAGUCUGAUAAUUCAGAAUGGCUUAAACAGAUUUAUGGUACACCAAAGAAAAAACGUAUAACCAGAAAUGGAAAAGGCGGUGAAAAAGGAGAGAGUUCAUCAGGGUCUGGUGCUCAGGAUGGUUUUGAACUGUAUAAUCUUGUGUGCUUUGGCCGCAAAGAUUUUGGUCUUAUCGUAGGCAUGGAAAAAGAUGAUUGUUACAAGAUUCUAAAAGAUGGACCGGAAGCACCAGUAGUGGUGACUGUUCGACGGCAUGAGUUGAAAACUGGACCCUCGGAUAUGAAAUUUAUUGCCUUAGAUCAUCGCAUGAAAACAGUAUCAAUUAAUGAUACAGUCAGGGUCUUGGAAGGUCCAUUAAAGGAUAGACAAGGAAUUGCUAAGCAAAUUUACAGAGGAGUCAUUUUUAUGUAUGAUCAGAAUUAUGAGACAGAAAAUGGUGGAUAUUUCUGUUCUAAAGCUCAAAUGUGCGAGAAAAUCAAGCUUUCAUUUGAUGCUUGCAGUGAAAAGGGUGGUGAACCAGGUCCAGUAGGCUUUGAAGAUUUUCCAUCAUCUCCUAAAUCUCCUCUAUCACCUAAAAAGCCAUGGCAAACAAUGGACAGUAGUCGGGAAUUCAACCGAGGGGAUAAGGAUGGAGUCUUCUCCAUUGGUCAGACCUUGAGAAUACGUGUAGGACCUUUGAAGGGGUACAUUUGUCGUGUUUUGGCUAUACGUUACUCUGAUGUUACUGUGAAGCUUGAUUCUAAGCAGAAAGUUCUUACAGUAAAAUGUGAGCACCUCUCUGAGGUUCGUGGGAAGAGUUCUGCUAUGCCUAUGAGCAGUGACGAUCUGGGGUCCAGUUCUUUCAAACCAUUUGAUCUACUUGGGACUGGAGGGGGCUCUACAGGUUGGACGGAUGGAGCAGGAACAUCAGCUGAUGGUGAUGGGUGGAAUACUGGAGGAGCCAAUACUGAAAGUAGUUCAUGGCCCAGCUUCUCUUCCUCAGGCCUGAAGCUUCAACCUGAAGCCAAUUUUGCCAAUUCAUCAGGUUCUGCGGAUAAUAAUGCUAAGGGAGAUGCUUCUUGGGAAAGAAAUAUAACUUCAAAUCAGAGUUCGUCUUGGGGGGCAGCUGCAUCUGAUGACAAAGGUGAUGCUAAUAAUGAUCAAGUGCAUGGUUGGGGAAAGACCGAGGAUUGUUGGAACAAAGUUGCUGCUAAUGUAGGGUCUAGUGGUGGUGCAUCUGUUGGCUGGGGUAAGGCAACUUUACCCAGUGAAAAUUCAGGAGCUUCAAGAGAAUCUGGAGAUGGCUGGGGCCAGUCAAAACUUAAUGCUGGAAAUUCUACAACUGAUGCUGCAGCAGGUUGGGACAAGGGAAAGACUGCUAUUGGAAAUCCAACCUGUAGUUGGGGAGACAUAGCUACUGGGAAGAAUCAGCUGGAGUCUUGGGGCAGUGGUAAGGAUGUGGUAGAAUCAGGAUCCUGGAAAAGUAAAAGCUCCAGUGCAGGCGACGACGACUGGAACAAGGCUGCUGGGUGGAAUCAACAGAAAUCUCAGAAUAAUGACACCUGGGGAAGUACUGCAGAAGCCCAAAAGAAUGGUACUGUUCAAGAAGAUUCUUGGGGUAAAAGAUCCAAUGCAGGUGAGGACCAGUGGAAUAAGGGUGCUGGUUGGAAUCAGCAGAAUUCUCUGAACAAAGGGGACACUAGGGGAGGUACAGAAGGUGGUUGCUGGGGCCAACCUGAUUCAGGAAAUGCAGAUGGAGCUAGUGGCUGGACAAAAGAUUUUUCAAGUCAAACCGCAAACUGGGGAAACCAAAAAAAUCACGCUGAAGAUGCAACUGGUUGGAAUAAAGGUGGAUCUUGUGGACAGAACCAGGCUGAUAAUUGGAAUAAAUCAAAGACCUUUGGUGCUGAUGGGGGAUCUUCUUGUAAUAAGCAAGAUGGAGGAUCUGCGUGGGGUAAAACUGAUGGAGGGCCAUCUUGGAAAAAGCAAGAUGAAUCCUCUUGGGGUAAAACGGAGGGAGUGUCUUCUUGGAAGCGAGAUGGAGGUUCUUCUGAUAACCAGGAAAGAAGUCGAGAAUUUGGAAGCUGGAACAAGGGAUUUGAUGGAGGUCGUGGAUCAGGUGGGAGAAGGGGAAGAGGGGGUGGUCGGGGAGGUAGAGAUCAAUUUGGCGGAGGAAGAAGAUCAUUUGGAGAUCAGUCUUCAGGUUGGAAUAAAGGAGGUGAAGGAAGCAAUUGGACUGGUGGAGCAUCUUCAAGGAAUCCAUCAUGUUGGGGCAAUGAUCAAGUUGGUGGUUGGGGUAAAAACAAUGCCUCUGAGGAAGGUGGAGAAGGUGGUCAGAAGAAAGCAAAUUCUGCAUGGGGGGAUGAUGGUUCAGGAUGGAGCAAAAGCCUGGGAGCUGGUAAAGAGAGUGGUGAACAUUCGGAGAAAUUGAAUUGUGCAAAGCCGUCGUUUGAGAAGAAUUCUAGUUGGGGUAAUGACAGAGGUGAAUGUCAGGGUGAUGACAAAAGUUCAGAUGCUGAUAAAUCAUUAGGAGGGCAAAUUGAAUCUUCAAAAUGGAAUGCAUCAAAAUCAGUUGAUGGGAGCUGGACUACUGAUUGGAACAAAGGGUCUACUGCAAAUGAAGGGCCAAGUCAAAGUUGGGGUGGAGGCAGCAAAAGCAACGUGGAGAAAGAUUCUGCUCGUGAAAAUGCUACUGGUUGGACGAGUGGAACAUGUGGGGUUGGUACAAAGCAGACAGACGGGGGUGCUUCUAAAUCUUCCAAUUCAUCAUGGGAUAAUAAAGCCGGUGAUGUGGAGAAUUGCCAGUCCUCUGGUUGGGGUAGCAAAAGUAGUUGGUGUGGUUCUAAAUCUUCAGGACAGAAGUCUGAUGACCUGGGAAAGGAGAGUGAACAUAAAAAUCAAGAUGAUUGGAAUGGUGGAAAAGCUUUGGAUGGAGGUUCAACAAAGGGAUGGGGUCAAAGUGCUAGCUGGAGAAGUGGAUCAAAUGAUACAGGUGAAAACCAUGAUUCUGAUUGGAAUAGAAAGGGUGGCAGGAACUCUGGAUCGGGUGAUUCCAGUGGAGCAGGCUCUUCCUGGAGCAAGAAAAGCAGUUGGAACUCUGGAUCCGAUGAUGCAGAUGGGAAUCAGGAUUCUGGUUGGGGCAAGAAAAACAAUUUUAACUCUGAAUCUAAUGAUGCUAACCAAAGCUCUGGUUGGGGCACGAAAAGUAGUUGGAACUCUGGAUCUAAUGAUGCAGAUGGGAAUCAGGAUUCUGGCUGGGGCAAGAAAAACAAUUUUAACUCUGAAUCCAGUGAUGCUAACCAAAGUUCUGGUUGGAGCAAGAAAAGUAGCUGGAACUCUGGAUCCGGUGAUGCAAGCCGGGAUUCUUCUGAUUGGGGUAGGAAAAGCAAUUGGAACCGAGGAGAGAAUGAUGUCAACCAGGAUUCUUUUGUAGCCAGUGGUGAUGACCAAACUGAGAAUUCUGGUUAUGGAGCAGGUCGUGGGAGUUGGAGAGGUGGUUUUAGAGGUAGAGGUGGUUCUUCUGACAGAGGAGGCUUUAGAGACAGAGGGGGGAGAGGAGAUAGAGGAGGCUAUGGGGGCAGAGGUAGAUCAUCUGACAGAGGAGGAUUUGGAGGUAGAGGUGGUUCAGAUAGAGGCGGUUUUGGUGGUAGAGGUAGAUUUGACAGAGGAGGAUAUGGAGGCAGAGGCGGUGGAAGGAGGGAUCGCAGUAAUUGGAAUGAAAACAACGAUUCUAGUGAAAACAAGAACUUUGACUGGAAGAAUGGGACAAACAAUGAUGGCGGAGGAUGGAAAGCUAGUGGUGGAGGCAGUUGGAGCCAAGGAGGUGCUGAUAAGAGCCAACCACAGAGUUGGAAUUCCACAAAUGAUGGAUCUAGCAAUCAAGCUGGUGGUUGGGGAAAGGGCAGUAAUGCGGUUGGGGAAUCUAAUUAUUCACGCGAAAAAUCAUCAGCAGGCUCUUGGGGAAACAAGGGGGAUGGCAGUGAUGGGGGAGGGUGGAAAGGUAGUGGAGGCAGUUGCAGCCAAAGAGGUGAUGAUAAGAGCCAACAGCAGAGUGGGACUUCUGGGAAUGAGGGAUCUAGCAGCCAAGCUGGUGGUUGGGGCAAAGGCACAACUAAUGCAGGUGGGGAAGGCACUGAUUCAUGGGGUAAAGCAUCUGGAAGCUCUUGGGGAAACAGGGGGGACGAUGGAAGCAGCAAAGGAUGGUAAAGUUGGUCCACAAAUUCUCCAUCUGAUUUGUUUAUAUUGGUUUCUUAGCCCCCUUAUUUUUAAUGCGCUAUUAAGGUCUGAAAACAGUACUUACUUUAUGGAACUAUGUACAAGUCCAUAAUUUUCCCAGGCAUUUUGGACCUUAGCUCUCCUGAGCGGAGCUCUUCUUCUGAACAUGGAUGACGAAGAACCUGCUUUAUAAUGGCCGAGUGCAUGGUUAAUUAAGAAGACUCUUCUAUGUCAUUUGUAAAUAAGAAAAAUGCUUGACCUUGGAUAAUUAUGCAUAUUAUGUUAUUUUAGUUGUCGUUUA